AUGGCCAGACAUUUAAAAAUCGUUCAUGAAGGUCUCGAAGAAUGUAAAUGUGACUCAUGUGGACGAAAGUUCACCACAAAGUUUGCCCUCCACCGGCAUAUACGAAAAGUUCAUGAAGGUAUAUCAGAACUUGUUCUUCCUUGUGCUUGUUGUGGGAAGAAAUUCUCUGCUAAACAUGGCCUAGAGCGUCAUAUGCGAUUGAUACACGAAAGUGCGGAAUUGUGCAUUUGCCCUUUGUGCAAUCGGAGUUUUUCAACCAAGUUUGCUUUUAAUCGUCAUACAAAAACUGUACACUCAGAUUCAAUCAGCCUAUGCUCUCCGUGUAAUAUGUUGUUUCCAUCAAAGUUCGCUCUUCUUGAGCACAACCUUACCAUCCAUAAUACUUCAAAAGUAUUUGCUUGUCAUGAAUGUCUGAAAUGUUUUCCUGAUACGGAAUCACGGAGAAACCACGAACAAAAUGACCACGGUGUUGGAACUUCAAACAUGUAUUCGCCAACCACACAGUCAUCUUAA